GCUCCCCAAGUUUUACAUAGCGACGGGACGACGUUUUCCCGUGUAGCAUGACAGCUCAACAGAUUUAAGCAGCAAGGUUUGAAACAGCUUAAGAGGAUGGAGAAAAAGAAUCAAGCUCUGUCACAUUCUCUGUGGAUAAUGCCUCACCCUCCAUUAGUGACCAAUGGAGUCUCCUCUGAUCCAGGCAGAAACAUGACUAAGAAUGACGACAGCAACAUUUUGACCAAAAAAUAUCCAGUGAUGAAACAGCAAGGGUUUUACUCUGAUAUUGUAACUCCUGGAGCAUCCAUUCUCUUGGGAGAUGUUGUUGCUGGCCCUGAUAUACAGCAAAAUCUGGUGAGACAAGCAGGUCAGGAGCAACAUACACCAAAUGUUACUACGUUCGAUGGUCCUGAUUCCAGUAACUUUAAUUUAAUGUUAAAGGACUAUAUGUAUGGACCUACUAGUGAAGUCUUGCAGGAGUUUGACUUUCCUUUGCAAGCUUAUGAACCAAAGGUACAAGCCCCUUUUGAAGUGGUCCCUGGUCAAUGUCCUCGUAAAGUUUUGAUAGAAAGGAAGAGACGUCAGUAUAUGAAGUUUGAUGUGGUUAAGUUGCUGGCUAAUGAAAGGAUAGACUCCAAUGAAUUAAUACCAAGGCACCCAGACCCUAAAAAUCAACAGUAUAUUACACUGAAAAAUGAGACUCCAUCCGCCACCUAUCUACCUUUAGAGGUGUUUGAUGAUGAGGAGUUUGAAUGCCGAACCCCAGAAGACUGGCUGUCUCUGGGAUAUGAACAUGAAUCUAAGUACAGAAAGCCAGUUCCUGGAAGAGCUCUCCUGCCUAGAGAUGAUAUAUUAGGACACGAAGACCCAAAAGACAGGUUUCUGAACUAUGAUUGGUACACUGUUGGAGUACUGGAUUACGACAAAGAAAGGAAACUUUACCUUGUCCAUAAAGUUAAUGAGAAAGAACUGGUGAGGGAUAUGUAUGGAAGACCUAUAGUGAAUGGUGGCAUUUUACCUUCAGGAGAACGAAUUACAAUGUUGUGUCAGUACUGGAUACCACGGAUCCAGCUUCAGUUCCUUGCUGAGGAUCCCUGUGUGUUUGUGAAGCGGGUAACACAUGCUCACCUACUCCGCAAGAAGACUGAAGCCCUUCUGCUUUACAAUCUGUACAUUGACUGCAUGCCUGUAGAAGGGAAACAGAUCAUUAGUGAGAAAAGCAUGACCAAAAUGAAACAGUGGUCCCUGACUACAUCUGGACUGAGGCAUGACAAUAUCAUUUUAAAUUGCUUAAAUCGAACUGAGCAGGAGAUACAGCUAGACUAUGAAAGAACAAUGAACAAGAUCAACUUUGAUAAGAUUGUCUCAUCAAACCCACUUCAUUUCUGCUAUGUUACUUUGCCAGAUAAAGAAGAAAAACAUGUGCCAGCUAAAGGUCUUGUGUAUGUCCCGAAGUAUUCUUUUGCUGAAAAGAAGCAUGCAUUUGAGUUCAAGUCCUUGUUAACAAGACCAGAAGUUAUUUCAGCAUUGUCCAAAGUACAUGCAGAGUGCAACAAAGCAGCAGCCAUGUCACUUUUUCAUGUCACCCUUACCAAGAGUAUAAGACUUGAAGAGUUUGAACAAACUCAGUCCCAGUCUUAUGCACAGGUUCAAUUAUUCCUAAAGGACAGUUGGAUUACUACUCUUAAAAAUGCAGUGCGGUACAGCCUGCGCGAUGUGAGAAAGGGGUGGUAUAACCUGCAUGAGUCCAACUGGGAAGUUUAUCAAAUGUCUAAAUUACAUAAAUUAAUGGAACAGAUUAAGUUUAAUCUGCAAGACUCCCUCCGUUUUCUUGUGCAAGACUCUCUUGUUCACUUCACACAGCUUUUCCUUGAUGCUUGCAACAGUGUUCUUAAUUGUUCUGAAGGCAUGGACUGGGGUCCUGACCUUAUCAACAGCAAAUACAGACCUAAAAAGAAUGCUAUAUUUAUGAUGGAUCUAAUACUGGAUAAUUCUGGGGUUCACUUCAGUACUCCACUGGAACAGUUUGAAGCUUCUCUGAUAACGCUGUUUGAUAAAGGGAUCCUUGCCACUCAUAAUGUACCCCAGCUUGAAAAGUUUGUGUUGGAAGAGAUGUUCAUCAGUGGUGUUCCCUUGCUGGAGUCAGUUGGACUGCAUGAACCAGCAGUGGAAGAAUUGCGUGGAACUAUCCAAAAUGCUAUCCGGAAGGCCUUGAUUCCAGUACGAGUCUAUGCCAAGCAUUAUGAAAGGCAUCUACAGUUAAACAAUACAGACAUUGACAGUUAUGUAAAGCAAUACAACAUUCAGGAACGCACAGCUCAAGAAGUGAGGCUUGAAGUGGAUAUGCAUCUAGCUGAGAAGGAACGUUUGGAUAAUGCUUUGCCAAGUUCUGUGAUUAUUGGACCUUUUUACAUCAAUGUAGAGCUAGUGAAACAGACCUUGUCCAGAAAAUGCAAAGCUUUAGCUAAUGCAGUGCUAGAACUGCUAGCAAAAAAACUGCGCAAACAAGUGGAUGAUGCAUGUGAAGAAUACAAAGCUAUCAGUCGGAAGUUAUAUGAGAAGCCAAACAGUAUUGAGGAACUAACAGAACAAAGAGAGUGGAUGAAGGGAAUACCACAGCAUCUAAAGACACAUGAGGAAACAGUGAAUAAAGCAUUAUUAGACUAUGAUUUGAUAGAUGAGUUUUUCUACAGCUUGUCACAAGAGGAUUUUAAUGCAAAGUGGUCUGCUGUUGCCUGGCCCCAUAAAAUAGAAAAGCAGAUGGAGGCCUGUGCUGUCCAGCAUGAAGAGGAUGAAGAACGUUUCCAUAAAAUCCAGUUAAUAGACCAGAACAAUUUCCAAGAUAGACUGGAAACACUACAGUUGGUAGUGGCUGGCUUUUCUGCCCACACCGACAUCAGUCGUGCCCAUGAAAUUGCAAAUGAGGUGAGGAGAGUCAGAAAGCAACUUAAGGAGUCGCAGCAGCUGGCCUUACUCUAUAAUAACAGGGAGAGACUGUUUGGAUUACCUGUUACUAAUUAUGAAAAGCUCAAUAAACUAGUCAAGGACUUCCAACCUUUCCGUGAUCUGUGGUGUACAACAUCUGACUGGCUGCGUUGGUAUGAUAGCUGGAUGAAUGACCCUCUGACCACCAUUGAUGCAGAGCAGUUGGAAAAGAAUGUCAGUGAAUCUUUUAAGACCAUGCAUAAGUGCGUGAAGCAGUUCAAAGAUAUACCUGGUUGCCAACUAGUUGCUCAGGAUAUUCGUGGAAGGAUUGAAGAAUUCAAACCUUAUAUCCCUCUGAUUCAAGGUCUACGGAACCCAGGCAUGCGCAAUAGGCACUGGGAGCUACUGUCUGAGCAGAUCAAGAUAAAUGUUCGACCCAAAGCCUCACUGACUUUUUCUAAAUGCCUUGAAAUGAAGUUGCAAGACCACAUUGAAGCUAUAGCAAAAGUUGGUGAAAUAGCUGGGAAAGAGUAUGCCAUAGAACAGGCCUUGGACAAAAUGGAAAAUGAGUGGUCUUCAGUGGUAUUUGACAUAAUGCCUUACAAACAAACGGGAACUUUUAUACUAAAGAGCCCCGAUGAAGCUUCACAACUCCUGGAUGACCAUAUUGUGAUGACACAAAGCAUGUCGUUCUCACCUUUCAAAAAACCAUUUGAAGAGAGGAUUAGUACUUGGGAGAGUAAGCUUAGAAUGACACAGGAUGUCUUGGAAGAGUGGCUGACAUGCCAGAGGUCAUGGCUUUAUUUGGAGCCCAUAUUCAGUUCUGAAGACAUCAACAGACAACUUCCAGUAGAGAGUAAGAGGUAUCAGACCAUGGAGAGAAUGUGGAGGAAGAUCAUGAAAAAUGCCAGUGAAAACAGACAGGUGAUCUCACUUUGCCCUGAACCCAGAUUGCUGGAAAAUUUGAGAGAGUGCAAUAAACUGCUGGAAAUGGUGCAAAAAGGGCUCAGUGAAUAUCUGGAAACAAAAAGAGGGUCCUUUCCAAGAUUCUAUUUCUUGUCUGAUGAUGAACUGCUUGAGAUCCUGUCACAGACAAAAGACCCAACAGCUGUUCAGCCUCAUCUCCGCAAAUGUUUUGAGAAUAUUGCACGGCUUCUGUUUCAAAAGGACCUACAAAUCACCCAUAUGUACUCUGCAGAAGGUGAGGAAGUGCAGCUUUCUUCAUCUGUAUAUCCCACUGGAAAUGUUGAAGACUGGCUCCUAGAAGUAGAAAGGAGUAUGAGGGCCAGUGUUCGUGAUAACAUUGAAAGGUCUUUAAAGGCUUACCCACAGACUGCCCGCACAGACUGGGUCCUUUCUUGGCCUGGUCAAGUUGUUAUUGCUGGAUGUCAAACCUUCUGGACAAAAGAAGUUUCUGAAGCCCUUGAAGCUGGAGAUUUAUCUACAAAACUGUAUCCACAACUGGAAGCUCAGAUGAAUGACUUGGUGGCCUUGGUAAGGGGGAAGCUGUCUCGCAUGCAGAGGACUGUGCUCUCGGCACUGAUUGUUAUAGAAGUUCAUGCAAAGGAUGUCGUAUCUCGAUUAAUUGAUGGAAAUGUUCAGAAUGUCAGUGAUUUUGAAUGGAUCAGUCAACUCCGAUAUUAUUGGACAAGAGAUGACCUUUACAUUCGAGCUGUGAAUGCAGAAUUCCUUUAUGGAUAUGAAUAUCUGGGAAAUUCUGGCCGCUUGGUCAUAACACCACUUACUGACAGGUGUUAUUUAACUCUUACAGGAGCGCUACAUCUGAAAUUUGGAGGUGCCCCCGCUGGACCUGCUGGGACUGGAAAAACUGAAACAACAAAAGAUUUAGGAAAAGCUCUAGCUAAACAAACUGUUGUCUUCAACUGUUCAGACCAGCUAGAUUUCAUGGCUAUGGGCAAAUUUCUGAAGGGACUUGCCAGCUCUGGUGCGUGGGCCUGUUUUGAUGAAUUUAAUCGAAUUGAUGUUGAAGUACUGUCUGUUGUGGCUCAGCAGAUUGCAACAAUUCAGAAAGCACAGCAACAGAGGGUAGAUCGGUUUAUGUUUGAAGGGGUAGAAAUCCCAUUAAUCCCAUCUUGUGCAGUGUUCAUCACUAUGAAUCCAGGAUAUGCAGGUCGCACUGAAUUACCUGACAAUCUGAAAGCUCUUUUCCGUCCAGUAGCCAUGAUGGUUCCAGAUUAUGCAAUGAUUGCUGAGAUCUCACUGUAUUCAUUUGGAUUCAACAAUGCCAAAGUGCUGGCUAAGAAAAUAACUACAACAUUCAAACUCUCAUCUGAGCAGCUCAGUUCUCAGGAUCAUUAUGACUUCGGCAUGAGGGCUGUGAAAACUGUGAUCUCAGCUGCUGGGAACCUAAAGAGAGAAAAUCCAACCAUGAAUGAGGAGCUGAUAUGUCUCAGGGCUAUUCGUGACGUUAACAUUCCAAAGUUCCUACAAGAUGACCUCAAGCUUUUCAGUGGAAUAGUAUCUGACCUUUUUCCAAAGAUAAAGGAAGAGCCAAUUGACUAUGGCAUACUUGAUCAAUCUAUCCGUAGUACUUGUCUGAAGAAGUGCUUAAAAGAUGUUGAUGGUUUUGUUACCAAGUGCAUCCAGUUGUAUGAAACUACAGUGGUUCGACAUGGCCUGAUGUUGGUUGGUCCAGCUGGAUCUGGGAAGACAAAGUGUUAUGAAGUUUUAGCUGCUGCAAUAAAUGCCUUGAAAGGCCAGCCUUCAGUCAGUGGUGGUGUAUAUGAAUCUAUUCACACAUUUAUACUUAAUCCAAAGUCUAUUACCAUGGGUCAGUUAUAUGGUGAAUUUGACCUCUUAACUCAUGAAUGGACAGAUGGGAUUCUGUCUUCCUUAAUUCGAGCUGGUGCUGUAUCUACAGAUCUUCAGAAAAAAUGGUACAUGUUUGAUGGCCCAGUUGAUGCAGUUUGGAUUGAAAACAUGAAUACUGUACUGGAUGAUAACAAAAAGUUGUGUCUGAGCUCUGGUGAAAUCAUCAAACUUACAGAGGUGAUGACAAUGAUGUUUGAAGUUCAAGACCUUGCAGUUGCUUCUCCUGCUACAGUGUCUCGCUGUGGAAUGGUUUACCUGGAGCCCAGUAUAUUAGGAUUGAUGCCAUUUGUUGAAUGCUGGAUGAGGGCAAUCCCAGGCAUCAUCAAGCCAUAUUUAGAGAUGCUGAAAACACUGUUUAACAAGUUUCUGCAGGAUUCCAUAAAUUUUGUACGAAAAUCAGUAAAGGAGGUAGUUGUGACAACAGAUGGUAACCUCACACUUAGUCUACUCAGAUUAAUGGAUUGUUUUUUCAGUCCCUUCAUUCCCAAAGAGGGAGAAAAGGGAUUGCCUCAGGAAAAGUUGAACCGUGUGGGAGAACUGAUUGAACCCUGGUUUUUAUUUUCUCUGGUAUGGAGCAUUGGAGCUAGUGGAGAUACCGAAAGUCGUGUUGCAUUCAGUAUGUGGCUAAGAGAGGCAAUGAAGAAACAUGAAGUUCAGUUGUGUUUCCCUGAGGAAGGACUUGUCUAUGAUUACAGAAUAGAUGAUGCUGGUAUAAGCAGCAAAAUGGAUGAAGAAGAGGAGGAGGUGAAAACUGUGCAUUGGGUAAAAUGGAUGGAUUCAGCCCUAGAAGUGGUGCUCACUCCUGAAAUGCACUACUCUGAUAUCAUUGUUCCUACGCAAGACACUAUCCGCAUGUCACAUCUCCUGGAGAUGCUACUUCUCAAUAAAAAGCCAGUACUGUGCAUUGGCCCUACUGGUACAGGAAAAACUCUCACCAUCUCUGACAAGCUGUUGAAAAAUAUGCCACAAGAAUAUAUCUCCCAUUUUCUAACAUUUUCAGCUCGUACCUCUGCCAAUCAGACACAAGACCUCAUUGACAGCAAGCUGGAUAAAAGGAGGAAAGGGGUAUUUGGACCUCCUCUUGGAAAAUAUUUUGUAUUUUUCAUUGAUGACCUGAAUAUGCCUGCACUGGAGACAUAUGGAGCCCAACCUCCAAUUGAACUUUUACGUCAGUGGAUGGAUCAUCAUGGCUGGUAUGACAGGAAGCAAAUAGGAACUUUCAAGCAGUUGGUGGAUAUAAACUUUGCAUGUGCUAUGGGUCCACCAGGUGGAGGCCGAAAUCCAAUCACUGCCAGAUUUUCUCGCCAUUUCAAUCAUCUAUCAUUCAAUGAAAUGGAAGACAGUAGCAAAAUGAAAAUUUUUUCUACUAUUCUUGGUAGCUGGAUGGCUGGAGCCCCCAGUAUACUGUUCAUGAAAGAAUCCCUGGUUGAUGCUACCAUCAAAGUAUAUUCAACUAUUACAUCUCAGCUAUUGCCAACACCUUCAAAAUCACACUACACCUUUAACCUGAGAGAUCUGUCUAAAGUUUUUCAGGGAAUCCUAAUGGCAGAACCUUCAAAAACACAGGAUCAGGUUCUUUUGCUGAGACUGUGGUACCAUGAGAGCUGUCGAGUUUUCCAGGACCGUCUUGUGAAUGAUGAAGAUCGGUAUUGGUUUGAUGAACUGAUGAAGAAUAAGAUUGUGGAAUUUGGGACAAUUUUUGAAGAGGUUGUCCCUUACCAGCCAGUCCUUUAUGGAGAUUUCAUGGUCCCAGGAGUUGAUACAAAGAUGUAUCAACUCAUUGAAGAUCAAAACAAGAUGGUGCAUGUGAUUGAGGAGUAUAUGGAAGAUUACAAUCAAAUCAGUACCACAAAAAUGAAACUUGUCCUAUUCAUGGAUGCUGUUCAGCACAUCUGCCGCAUUAGUCGAAUCUUGCGCCAACCAUUAGGCAAUGCUUUACUUCUAGGAGUUGGAGGCAGUGGAAGACAGUCUCUCACCAGACUUGCCUCACACAUGGCUGAAUUUGAAUGCUUCCAGAUUGAACUAGCUAAAAAUUAUGGAGUGUCAGAAUGGCGAGAGGAUAUCAAAGGUAUAAUGCUGAAAGCAGGAUUACAGAAUGUACAGAUUACCUUCCUCUUCGUUGAUACACAGAUUAAGAAUGAGUCAUUCCUUGAAGAUAUAAACAACAUUCUAAACUCCGGAGAUGUUCCAAAUUUAUAUGGCAUAGAUGAACAAGACCAAAUUCUAACAACCAUGAAGCCAAUUGUCCAGGAUAUGGGACAGCAACCUACUAAGGCCAACCUUAUGGCAGCAUACACUAAGCGAGUGCGCAAUAAUAUUCAUACUGUCCUCUGCAUGAGUCCCAUCGGAGAGGUUUUUCGUGCUCGCCUUCGUCAGUUUCCAUCUCUUGUGACUUGUUGUACAAUUGACUGGUUCAGAGAAUGGCCUUCUGAGGCACUGCAGUCUGUUGCUGCAACAUUUUUACAGGAACUUCCAGAAAUUGAUGCUAAUCCUUCUGUCAUAAGAGGACUGAUUCAAAUGUGUGUUGAGAUUCACCAAACAGUGGCAAAAAAAUCCAAGCAGUACUUAGCAGAGCUGUCAAGAUACAACUAUAUCACCCCUAAGAGUUAUUUGGAAUUGCUGAGUAUCUUUUCAAAACUAAUAGGAAUGAAAAAACAGGAGUUGAAAACAGCCAAGAACAGGAUGAAGACAGGGCUGGACAAGUUAUUGAGUACAGCAGAUGAUGUUGGCAAAUUGCAAGAAGAGCUGGAGAUGAUGAGGCCUCUUCUGGAGGAGGCAGCAAAAGAUACAGUAGUGACUAUGGAAAAAAUAAAGGCUGAUACUACCAUAGCCGAAGAGACACGGACUGCAGUGCAAGCAGAAGAGAGCAAAGCUACAGAAAAAGCAAGUAAAGCCCAGGCAAUUGCAGAUGAUGCUCAGAAGGACCUGGACGAAGCUCUUCCAGCCUUGGAUGCAGCAUUAGCCAGCCUAAAGUCACUCAAUAAAAAUGAUGUUACUGAGGUACGAGGAAUGCAGCGCCCUCCUCCAGGGGUCAAGAUGGUGAUCGAGGCUGUCUGCAUAAUGAAAGGAAUUAAACCUAAGAAAGUUGCUGGAGACAAACCUGGCACUAAAGUCGAUGAUUACUGGGAACCUGGAAAAGGGCUGAUGCAAGAUCCUGGUAAAUUCUUAGAAAGUCUUUUCAAAUAUGAUAAGGACAAUAUCCCUGAUGUGGUAAUUAAAGCCAUUCAGCCUUACAUUGACAAUGAAGAGUUCCAGCCUGCAGCCAUUGCUAAAGUUUCUAAAGCCUGCACUUCCAUCUGUCAGUGGGUCCGGGCUAUGCACAAGUACCACUUUGUAGCCAGGGGUGUGGAGCCUAAAAGGCAAGCCUUACGAGAGGCCCAAGAAGACCUUGCAGUUACACAGAAAAUCCUUGAAGCAGCAAAAGCACGUCUAAAUGAAGUAGAGGAUGGAAUUGCUACACUUCAGGCCAAGUACAAGGACUGUGUGUCCAAGAAAGAGGAACUGGAAUUUAAAUGUGAUCAGUGUGAACAGAGGCUUGUGCGAGCUGAUAAGCUGAUAAAUGGCCUAGCAGAUGAAAAAGUGCGGUGGCAGGAAACAGUAGAGAACUUGGAAUUCAUGGUUAAUAAUAUAGCAGGGGAUGUACUGCUGUCUUCUGGCUACGUGGCUUACCUAGGCCCUUUUACAGGAGAAUAUCGCUCAGCAAUGUCAGAGGAAUGGUUAAAGAAGUUAGACCAAUAUAGUGUUCCUCACACCAAGGAACCCGCACUUGUAGCAACACUGGGGGACCCAGUAAAGAUUAGGUCAUGGCAGAUUGCAGGUCUACCCAAAGAUAUCCGGUCUGUAGAGAAUGGUGUAAUAACCCAGUAUUCUCAGCGAUGGCCUCAUUUCAUUGAUCCCCAAGGACAAGCAAACAAGUGGAUAAAGAAUAUGGAGAAGGAUAACGGUUUAGAUGUCAUUAAACUGAGUGACCGUGACUUUCUGCGUAGUCUGGAGAAUGCUAUUCGAUUUGGAAAGCCCUGUAUGUUGGAAAAUGUGGGUGAAGAACUUGAUCCUGCCCUGGAACCAGUUUUGCUUAGACAGACAUACAAGCAACAAGGCAGCACGGUGAUGAAGUUAGGAGAUGCAGUCAUUCCAUAUCAUGAUGACUUUAAAAUGUAUAUAACUACCAAGCUACCAAAUCCACAUUACACUCCUGAGAUAUCUACAAAAGUUACACUCAUUAACUUUACACUUUCUCCAAGUGGUUUAGAAGAUCAGCUGCUUGGAAGAGUAGUUGCAGCUGAACGCCCUGACCUAGAAGAUGCCAAGAAUCAACUUAUUGUCAGCAAUGCAAAGAUGAGACAGGAGCUGAAAGAGAUUGAAGACCAAAUUCUGUUCCGCCUUAGUUCCUCUGAAGGAAACCCUGUUGAUGAUGUUGAAUUAAUCAAAGUAUUAGAAGCAUCUAAGGUUAAAGCAGGAGAAAUCAAGGCCAAGGUAACAGUGGCUGAACAGACUGAGAGAGAUAUUGAUUCUACACGACUGCAGUAUGUGCCUGUAGCUGUUCGCACACAGAUCCUCUUUUUCUGUGUCUCUGACUUGUCAAACGUUGAUCCAAUGUACCAAUACUCCUUGGAAUGGUUUAUGAACAUAUUCAUGGCAGGCAUUGCAAACUCGGAGAGAGCAGAAACUUUGGGGAAACGGAUUACAAACAUCAACACAUACUUCACUUUCAGUCUGUACAGUAAUGUGUGUCGGAGUCUUUUUGAAAAACACAAACUCAUGUUUGCUUUCCUUCUCUGUGUCAGGAUAAUGAUGAAUGAGGGUAAAAUUAAUAUGGAAGAGUGGCGUUUCCUUCUGUCUGGAGGUACUAUUCGUAUAAUGACAGAAAACCCUGCUUCUGAGUGGCUUUCAGAAAGAGCUUGGCGUGACGUAUUGGCAUUAACAGAGUUAAAGACCUUUGCUGACUUUGCUGAAGAUUUCAAAAUUAAUUUAAAGGAGUUCAGAGUGAUCUUUGACAGUGCUGACCCACACAGAGAACCUCUUCCUGGAAAAUGGCAUAGCAAACUGGAUCCAUUUCAGAAACUUCUUAUACUUCGCUGCCUCAGAGGUGACAAAGUUAUGAAUGCAAUGCAAGAUUUUGUAUCUUCUAAUCUUGGACAAAGAUUUAUAGAACCCCAGACAUCAGACCUGUCUGCUGUAUUUAAGGAGUCAUCACCUACAAUUCCUUUAAUAUUUGUCCUAUCCCCAGGAACAGAUCCUGCUGUAGAUCUUUACAAAUUCGCUGAAGAAAUGAAGUUUUCCAAAAAGAUGAGUGCAAUAUCUCUGGGACAGGGUCAGGGUCCAAGAGCCGAAGCUCUGAUGAGAAGUGCAAUGGAACGUGGAAAGUGGGUGUUCUUUCAGAACUGCCAUCUUGCUCCCAGCUGGAUGCCUUCUUUGGAAAGACUGAUUGAAGUAAUUGAUGCUGAUAAGGUCCAUCGAGAUUUUCGGCUGUGGCUCACAAGUUUACCCAGUAACAAGUUCCCUGUGUCAAUCCUCCAGAAUGGUUCUAAAAUGACUAUUGAGCCACCAAGAGGAAUCAAAGCAAACCUUUUGAAAUCUUACGUUAGCUUGAGUGAUGAUUUUAUCAACUCCUGCAGCAAGGUGCCAGAACUGAAGUCACUGCUGCUUUCAUUAUGCUUUUUCCAUGGAAAUGUCCUGGAGCGUAGGAAGUUUGGCCCACUUGGGUUCAAUAUACCUUAUGAAUUCACAGAUGGAGACCUACGUAUAUGUGUUAGUCAGCUGAAGAUGUUCCUGGACGAAUAUGCUGAGAUCCCAUACAAGGUCCUAAAGUACACUGCUGGUGAGAUCAAUUAUGGAGGUCGUGUGACAGAUGACUGGGACAGGAGGUGCAUUAUGAAUAUACUGCAAGACUAUUACAAUCCCAAUAUCUUAGAGGAGGAGCAUUCUUAUUCUCAGUCUGGAAUUUAUAAACAGAUAAGCACCUCAUUUGACAUUAAUGGUUAUCUACAAUAUAUCAAGAGCCUGCCAAUUAAUGACAUUCCUGAAAUAUUUGGCCUGCAUGACAAUGCUAACAUUACUUUUGCUCAGAAUGAAACCUUUGCUCUCCUUAAUGCAAUUAUCCAGCUUCAGCCCAAGGCUUCAACUAGUGGCGGUAAAGCAAGAGAAGAGAUUGUUGAAGAGCUAGCAGGAAGCAUAUUGGCAAAGGUACCCAGCCCCAUAAAUGUUCAAGAAGUGAUGCAGAAGUAUCCAGUGAUGUAUGAAGAAUCCAUGAACACUGUGCUUGUGCAGGAGGUUAUCAGGUACAAUCGCUUGUUAAAAGUAAUUUCUCAAACAUUAAAUGACUUGCUGAAGGCUUUGAAAGGUUUGGUGGUGAUGUCAUCUGAGCUGGAAUUAAUGUCAGGAAGUUUGUAUAAUAAUUCUGUGCCUGAAUUGUGGAAAUCCAAGGCAUAUCCCUCUCUAAAACCAUUGGCAUCUUGGGUAAUGGACUUGUUACAGAGAAUCCAAUUUCUGCAAAAGUGGAUCAGUGAAGGCAUUCCAGCUGUGUUUUGGAUCAGUGGAUUUUUCUUCCCUCAGGCCUUUUUGACAGGGACAUUGCAAAACUUUGCAAGAAAAAUGAUUAUUUCAAUUGAUACAAUCUCUUUUGAUUUCAAGGUAAUGAAGGAACCAGUACCUCAACUGAAAGAACGCCCCUCCAUAGGAUGUUAUAUUCACGGCCUCUUCCUUGAAGGUGCUCGGUGGGAUAUGGAAAUUUUCCAGCUGGCUGAGUCCCGCCCUAAAGAACUUUACACUGAAAUGGCAGUGAUCUGGUUAACCCCCGUGCCCAACCGGAAGCCUCCCGAGAAAGGGGUUUAUAUCUGCCCUAUUUACAAGACACUAACUAGAGCAGGUACUGUAUACGUACAGUGA